AUGGCUUCACAAUCCUCCGAGUCAGAGCCAGUGCCAGAGUUGACCAUCUCGUCCACCACUUCCGAAGAUGAAAUGCUCGCAGGCCACAAGCUCAUCACCGACUCGGUUGCGCAACAGCGUUCUACGAUCGUACGCUCGCUCCUAUAUGGGCAGCCUCAUCUCACGAUCCCGCCAUAUAUCCUCUUUCUCUCGUGGCUGUGCUCAAAGAAUAAUAUCCCGACCGCGCUGCUAUUCUGCGCGGGUUGUACUAUUGCUAUCUUGAGUGCCGUUGGAAGAUUUACGGAUGGGUAUAUUGCUGAGGCUGAGAAGUUGGGGAGUAAACGCGGUUAUGAGGCGAUGAUGAAGACUGAGGGACAUGAGAUUGUCGUUGCGAGGUGGGGCCCGGAGAAGGAGGUCAUUGGUGUUGCGGUGGUAAAGAUUGGGGAAGAGAGGGGAGUUUUGAAGGCAUUGGCGGUGAGGCUGAGAUAUCGCAAACACGGUGUUGGAAGGGGGCUCUUGGAAGAGGCGGUCAGAGUUGUGAGGGCGAAAGUUGGAGCAGAAGCGCCGGUGGUAUUUGCAGAUCAUCAUCCUAACUCAUUUAGGCUUGCUUCAGUACCGAAGGUAUUUAAUACUGUAUUUGACAAGGAGGAGGCAAAGGUUCGUGCUAUGUUGAACGACGUGGCGAAGAUACAGCCGGUAUAG